CUUUAGGGGGCACCUGGAACUCUCUGGAGGACGCCUCCCAGCCUGCCCCGGAAGGUCCGGCGCGCCCGCCAGCCUGCAGAGAAGCACAGAGGCGCGCCCACAGGUCCCGGCGGUCGGUCCCUCCGGCGUCUGCCCUGGAGGUCGGUUCGUUGCACAGCUCCGCACAGCUCGAAGCCUGAGGCUGGAGCGCGCCGACGAAGCCGGAGGGCCAGGGAGCAGGAAGGCACUCGGCCUCGACCCCGGGGUGGGCUGCUUGUGCCUUGGCCAGGGCGCGCCGGGGCCCCUGGGCAGCCCUUCCCCCGGCGCGGUCGCCCGCCAGCGGGAUCAGCCCCCCCUUCGGCGGCUCGCUCCUCCCCUUGAUCCCCGCGCACCCCCUUCUCCUGCCCCAGCCACGGAGAUCACUCCGCUCGCAGCUCCGCCGAGUCGCGCCGGGCACUGCAGCGGCUGGAGCCCCCAGAGCUGCGCGCUCGCCAGGACCCAGACGGCUGCCGGAGCCCAGGCAGCCCCGAGGCAGCGACACCAUGAAUGGCUCGGGUGGCCUGGACACCGAGGACACGGGCGAGGCGGGAGGCGGGGGCAGCUGGCAGCCUGAGGCGGUCAUCGUGCCCACGCUCUUUGCGCUCAUCUUCCUCGUGGGCACCGUAGGCAACGCACUGGUGCUGGCCGUGCUGCUUCGCGGUGGCCAGGCGGUCAGCACGACCAACCUGUUCAUCCUCAACCUGGGCGUGGCCGACCUGUGUUUCAUCGUGUGCUGCGUGCCCUUCCAAGCCACCAUCUACACCCUGGACGACUGGGUGUUCGGAUCGCUGCUUUGCAAGGCGGUGCACUUCCUCAUCUUCCUCACCAUGCACGCCAGCAGCUUCACGCUGGCCGCCGUCUCCCUGGACCGGUAUCUGGCCAUCCGCUAUCCACUGCACUCCCGCGAGCUGCGCACGCCUCGCAACGCGAUGGCGGCCAUCGGUCUCGUCUGGGGGCUCUCGCUGCUCUUCUCCGGGCCGUACCUGAGUUACUAUCGCCAGUCCCGGUUAGCCAACCUGACCGUAUGCCACCCGGCGUGGAGCGCGCCGCGCCGCCGCGCCAUGGACCUCUGCACCUUCGUCGUCAGCUAUCUGCUGCCGGUCCUGGUGCUCGGCCUGACCUACGCGCGCACCUUGCGCUACCUCUGGCGCGCCGUCGACCCGGCGGCCGCCGGCUCGGGCGCCCGGCGCGCCAAGCGUAAGGUGACACGCAUGAUCAUCAUCGUGGCCGCGCUCUUCUGCCUCUGCUGGAUGCCUCACCACGCGCUGAUCCUCUGCGUGUGGUUCGGCCACUUCCCUCUUACGCGCGCCACUUACGCGCUACGCAUCCUCUCGCACCUGGUCUCCUAUGCCAACUCCUGCGUCAACCCCAUCGUCUACGCUCUCAUCUCCAAGCACUUCCGCAAGGGUUUCCGAGAGAUCUGCGCCGGCCUGCUGCGCCGCGCCCCGCGCAGAGCCUCAGGCCGCGUGUGCGUCGCGCCCCGGGGCCCCCAUGGCGGCAGCGUGCUGGAGCGUGAGUCCACUGACCUGACGCACGUGAGCGAGGCCGCCGCACUCUGCCCCUGUGCCGGCGCCUCUCCCCAGCCAGUCAUCCAGCCACGUCCCGGACCUGUGCUGGAGGGACCCAAAGGCCCCCCAAAGGCAUCUUGACAGUUAAUUUGACCUGAGGGCACUUAGUGGGUAUGCUUGGGUGUUGAAAGAUUGGAGUCAGAGGUUGCGGGAUCGUGGAGGGAAUUUCAUUUGUUAAUAAAACGCGCAAACUAUUCCAUGUGCUGUGGCGCGCUGUCUCUGCCUGUCUCAGGGGCCCCAGGCUCCGUGGUGAGAAGCCUCUGGGACUUCCCGGGGAGCUCUGGAUGGAUGAGUACAAGAGAGGGGCCUGCACCGAAGGCAGCAGAGUUAAAAUCCGCCUAGAAAUCCCUAAUGGAUACUGAGGAGCGUGUGAGGACCUAAGGCUCUUUCCACGUGGCCAUCUGGACGCCCCAGGUGUAUGUAG